CAUUGUGGCCGGGGUUAGGAAUAAGCAGCUGCUGUUUUCUUGCUGAGUGCACUGUGAGACUUUUCAUUAAAGCUCUAGCCCCAGGGGAACUUUCUUCGGUGGCUGGAACCAGCCCCCCAGGGCAGCCCUGGGCUCUGCUGACACCAGCUUCUGAGUCGGAGACUCCAGCUGCCGGUGACCUUGCUAGAGGUGCCUCUUUCACCAUGGAGCCAUGGGUGAUGCUGGAUUCACGGCAGAAAGCCCUCUACCGGGAUGUCAUGCAGGAAAGCUAUGAAACACUGAUGUCCCUCGCACUAUUUCCGAUUUCUAAACCUGACCUGAUCUCCUGGAUGGAACGCGGGGAGGAGCCAUCUGCCCAGGAUUUCCAGGGAUGGGAGAGCCCCCGAGGAGUCCACACAGCUGAUGGAUUGGUGAGUGACAAUGAGGAGGAAGAGGAGGAUGCUGAUGAGGAAGAGGAGGAAAGCCCUGAGGAAAUGGGACCAUGCAUGUCCCAGAGCCCUGAGCGGGAAAAGAGUCCAGCCAGCUCAGAGGGACUAAAGAAAACUCAACUGGGGAAGAAGCUGGAUAAGGCCAUGCAGCACAGUGGGGGCCUGAAGAAGCCAAAGGGUGCAUCUGCUGCAAAGUCGGCAGCCCUUUGUGGGGACUGCGGGAAGAACGCCCAGGACCGGGUGCAGGCGGGCAGGGACCGGCGCAAGCUGCCCCAGCAGCGGGAAAAACCCUUCCGCUGCCAGGACUGUGGCAAAAGCUUCAUCUGGGCUUCGCACCUGGAGCGGCACCGCCGCGUGCACACAGGCGAGCGCCCCUUUCAGUGCCCCGAGUGCGGGGAGAGCUACAGCCAGAGCUCCCACCUGCUCCAGCACCGCCGCACCCACAGCAGCGACCGGCCCCACAAGUGCGGGGACUGCGGCAAGCGCUUUGCCCAGCCAGAUGAGCUGGCUGCUCACCAGCGGGGCCAUGCAGCCGAGAAGCCCCACAAGUGCGGGGACUGUGGCAAGGGCUUCAUCUGGGCCUCGCACCUGGAGCGACAUCGGCGCAUCCACACGGGCGAGAAGCCCUUCCAGUGCCCUGAGUGCGGGGAGGCCUUCAGCCAGAGCUCCCAUCUCAGCAAGCAUCGGCGCAGCCACACUGGCGAGCGCCCCUACCGCUGCCCCUCCUGCGGCAAGAGCUUCUGCCAGAGCUCAGACCUGGCGCGGCACAAGCGGACACACCUGGGCAAGAAGCCCCUGCGUUGCGGGGACUGCGGGAAGAGCUUCCGCGCCGGCCCAGCCCUGGCCCGGCACCAGCGCUCUCACCGGCGGGAGCGGGCGCACCGCUGUGGGGACUGCGGGAAGGGCUUCGUGUGGGCCUCGCACCUGGAGCGGCACCAGCGUGUCCAUACGGGAGAGCGCCCCUUCCCCUGCACCAGCUGCGGGGAGCGCUUUGCCCAGAAGGCCCAUCUACUCCAACACUGCAAGACCCACUCGCCUGACCGGCCCUACAAGUGCAGGGACUGCGGCAAGCGCUUCAGCGACAGCGCUGCCUUCUUGGCCCACCAGCAGGGCCACGCCACCGAGAAGAGCUACAAGUGCGUGGACUGCGGCAAGGGCUUCGCCUGGGCCUCCCACCUGGAGCGGCACCGGCGCAUCCACACUGGGGAGAAGCCCUUCAAGUGCGGGGAGUGCGGGGAGGCCUUCAGCCAGAGCUCCCACCUCACCAAGCACCAGCGCAGCCACCUGGGCAAGCGCCCCUACACAUGCAGCCAGUGUGGGAAGGCCUUUGCCUUCACCCUUGACCUCGUCAUCCACCAGAGGACUCACAUGGGUGGCAAGCCCUACAAAUGCGUGCAAUGUGGGAAGGGCUUCACCCGGCGCUCCAACCUUGCCAAGCACCAGAGGAGCCACGAGGAGGGUGAAGACUCCUGAAGGACUGGCCUUAGCACUGGAGGGGACCAAAGGGACCAAGGAUACGUGGGACACUUGGAAGCAAGCAAGGGUAGUCGGGAACCACAUGUGUGCUGCUUGGAGACUCAGGAGAACUGGGGCGUGGUAUAAAUGUGAUGUGUGACAGCUGAUGGAGGUGGCGGAUGGUACAAGUGUGGCACAUAGGAGCUCAGGGGUUGAGGGGGCAGUAUCAGUGUGACACACUGAGGGCUCAAGAAAGCAGAGGCAGUGUCAGCAUAACACACCAAAGCUCAGGAGAGUAGAGGACAGGAUAAAUGUCAUGCUCUUUAGCUAAGUUUGGAUCCUGGAAGCAGACGAACAGGGAAAAUUGCCUCAGCUGAGCACCAUACAGCCACAUUUGGAUUGAUUCUGAUAUGUGAGCUGGCUAGUGCCAAGCUAGCAUGGGUAUCCCGUCACUGUGUUGCAGUCUGCAAUGUGGAGAUACCCACAGUUCAAGGGGGGGACAUAUGGAAGAUAAGAGAUGCAGAGAUUGGCAAACAUAAGUCUUGCUCCUGCCACCUAGGCAGGUGAGAGCAGUGAAUUCAAUGCACCUGGAAUGGUGAAGAUGAGAAAUAACCUAGGAGGUUGAGAAAGCCAACCCUGAAUUCAAAUAGGAACUAAUGGCACCUCAGAGGGAGUGACUUGGGGAGGGGGAUAGUGUUCCCUGGUGCUGAGCAGAGCUGAGGAGCCCAGGGAAGUCAAGCAGACGCACGGCCAAGGUGACCCCCAUCAACAAGGCCACAGGAAGAUGAAGAGCCUGAUAGCCAGCCAUGUUCGGGCUGGCAGUAACCACAGCAGGUGAUUUCACUUGUGUAGGUCAGGACCCUGCAUUUUUGGGAUGGGUUACAUUUAUCACUGGAUCCCAGAAAGCCACAGGGCCCUGUCUUUUCCCAAACCCCCGUUAGAAAUGUCACCUUCCUGCUUCUGAGAGCUGAGAACUGUUUGCCAUCAUGUGCUCAGUCGCUUUUGAAGUGCACCAUAUUGCGUUCAGUUUUCCAUGUGGAGCUGUGUCCAGUGGUUCAUUUGUAACCUUUCUUGCUUUCUGUUGGGAAUAACUACAAUAGUGUAGUUUUACCUGUACUACAAACUCCAGACUCUUAAGAAAUAUGUCUUUAAAUAUGGAUCUGAUGCUCUCUGGAACAGAAGGCUUUUAAUUUGCCCUGAGGUAUCAAAGUUCCUAUAACCUGGCAAGGUCUGAUAGGUAAAACUCUCCAAGGAUUUCUGUGGAGCACUCAGUUGGGUUCCCCAUGAGAGUGAGAUGGCACGCUCUCCAAAACUGGGGUUGACAACUAGGGUUCGGUUCAUAGGCUAACAUUUUCACAAGUGACUAUUAAUUUUAGAUCAGCACUUCUCAUUCCAAGCCAGAAAAUAGGUCUCCUUACCAUCCUGUAGUGCAGACCUUGUCUGUCAGCAUGGAUGACGUCCUUUUAUCUUGUACAACUCCCCAAGUUUCCCUCCAUUUAUCCUAAUCAUUGUGUUUCUUUCCUUUUCCACACCACCAAAGUAUGUAGGCUGAAAUGGCUAAAUGGUGAGAUAAGAUGCAAUAAGAAAGAUAAUAAGACUGUAAGAACAAUUUCACAAAUAACAACUAUUGGUGAAUGUUUAUGAACAACAUGUUCAAGGUAGUACAGAUAGGUUGGGAGAGGAGAGGAAGAUCAUAUUGCCAAGAGAUCAUUGAAUACUGAGGUAGUAGGUGUCAGAUUAAGAGGAAGACCCAAGAGAGGAUGGCUAGAUCAAAUAAAGGAUGGUAUGCAAAUAGGAAAUAUAUCAGAGGCCCUUAUCAAUGCUAAAAUAGCAUGGAAAAGGAUAUUUAAACUGUGACCCAACCAUGCAUAAGGAUAAAGAUGAAGAAAACCAGGACUAGGGAUUUUAGUAUUUACCUUACAACAUUGGAAAACAGCCUUAUUUUCAGAGGGGCAGACCACUGUUCAAAAGCCAAGACCCUUUAACAUGCCUCAUGCUGAACACCUAAAAUUACUGGUCACUUCUGGAAAAUCAUGGUCCAAUUUUCAGUUUCUCUGACAACAACAAAACAGUCUGUUUUUUAAGACAUUAUUGGCAGACAGACUUUCCAAGAAAAUUUCAAAGGCCUGGCCAAGUGUCACCUGUCUAAUGAUGUCCUCUCUUCACUUUUACAUCAUAACUGCCACGUUAGAGACACCAAUUUACCAAUACUGAUCAAGCUAGAGCAGUACAACUUCCAGGUGUAGACAUGAUAGUAAUGGAGGUAGUAUUUUAAACUGAUUUAUAGCUUUAUGCAUAUGGAAACUCUUGAUCUGGUGUAAAACCAGGUGGUAGAUACACUGAUUUUACCCAUUUCAAACCACAAGAGCAUCUACAUGAGGGUUUGUGCUCCAGGAAUUAAACUGGCUUUUAACCUGAUUUUAAAUUAGACUUAUUUCACUUCCGUACAUACAGGAGACCUUAGGAACUAAAUGUCAUUUUUAGAUAAAUGACUUUAAAAUGGAUCCUUUUUGCACAAAUACGUGGAGAGCUCCCAUGAGGGAGCAGCAGGGAAAAUGCAACUAUUACUAACUGAAUGAUUCAGAUGGGGAAUUAAGACACACAGGCCUACCUGGAGGACAUAGUUACUUGGAAGGUAAGGAUCUGAGCUUUGCUGUGGCUCAGAUAUGAUCACAGGGGAAGGCAUUUGUUAUGCCCAGAGAAAUGUGGACCUAGGCCCACCAGGGGAUCUAUAAGCCUCCCUUAAUCAAGGUGGUCAGUACAGAUUCUGGGGGACACCAAAAAAAGAAAACAGGGAUGGAAGUGAAGGUCACAGGUUUAUAACCAGUUUUCCAAGCCGAGCAGAGUACAAUGGCUAGUGCCCACUGCCCCUUGAAUGUGUCCAAGGAGCCAGUGGAUGCUGCCCAGUGAAACUCUUGCCCGAAAGCAUGAGCAGAGGGGAGAUUGGAAGGCAGCCCUACAGUCAGUAGGGUUCCCCCUGGCAAUAACCUCUUUCCUGGUCUGGCAGAUGGUGACUUUGGCUAGAGCCAGAAGCAGGUUGACCAGGAGGUCCCAGGACUUGAUGAGGCCAUGAAUGGGACAUGCAUAAAAGAAAAGGUGUGGGGAGAAGUGCAGCCAGAACCUCAGGAGGAGGUUCCUACGGUGGUGGUGAAGGGGCUAGAGCCCGGUGCACUUGCGGUAGGCAUUCACCAGGGUCUCCCCCUGUUGACAGAAGGGGCAGGUGUUGGGGGCGUCUGUAAAGCACUCCAGAUACACACUUAUGGAGAUGGCUCCAUGCAGGGGCUGCCACUUAGAAGGAAAGGAAGCCGUGCUGCAACUCUAUGCGGAGGUAACCUAGAUGAGUUUACUACUCUGGGUGCAUGUUGGGUGCAGUCUGAAUAAAGGUGAAGGGGCUGUGGGCUGUGGCUUUACAGCAAAACUCCUCAAUAUUGCCAACCCCAAGUAUUAAAAGGCUGUGAGUUUGGGUUCCCGCCCCCCCAACCUUGACUUAAACACAUACACGAACAAUACAUUUCUAGGUUUGUUUGGCUUUUUAAUUUGCCUCUGGGUUUAUUUUUUUUUUAGCCUUUUCAGGUCAUAUUUUCAAGCUCUUCUCUGCAAUCAGGAGGGCUGCAAAAUUGUCAGCUGAGAUUAUCAUACGACUCCAGUAGCUGGGACUUUAAGAUAAAGACCAAAUAGCCCAAGACUGGGGAUAAAGACCACAAGCAUCAGCAAUGCUGGGAUCUGCUCAUUACAGCCCUGGUCCAGCCAGAUGAAGGUCCUGGCCAUGCCCCCUUGUCCAUCCCCCUAUUAUGGCUCCACCACGCAGGAGCAGCCUAUGUAAAUGCUCACUGUGUGGCUAGGAAAGGAGCCAGGACCUCUCUUCUGUCAGGCACCUGCCAGACACCAUUAUGUACACCAAGGUCUCUUAUGAACUAGGGCCAAACUGAAGACCAGGUUGCUAAAUCAACAAGGCCCAAUGUUGUAGUGUCGGCUGGUCUGUACAAACGUACAGCCUCUGGCUUGGCACCCAGGCUCCCUUGUAUGACACCCGGGGAGAGCUACAAGGAGACUCUCAGCCCCUGUCCCCGAUCAGGAAGCUGGCAAACUAAGCAGCAGGAAAUGCUGAGAACAGGGACCCAGACCCCACCUCCCAGAAGUCCUUCAGUACCCAGCUCAACUCAGGGUUAGCGCCCAUGAGCCCUGUCCUCAUAUUAGACAGCUGUUCUCAUGAAAAUCCCAAAGACUAGUCCCUUCAUUAGACCCCACAGCCCAGGGGUGAGCGCACUCACCCGAGUGGGAAGACCCGUUUUCAAGCCCCCACUCCAGCUGCUUCAGGGCACAGACUUGAACUAGGUUUCCCUCAUCCUAUGAGCACAUAAAAAAACCCUAUAGACACUGGGAUGUGCUGAAAUAAGGCUCUCCGAGUCGGCCUUAUGGGAGGCGUUCUGCCUUGUGAUAAUUAAAUACCCACCAGACCAGG